UGAUCCUAGAAGUGGAAAAUUCCGAGAAUUAGUGAGAAUGAAACAAGUACAUUUGGUAUAAAUUUAUGUAUCGCAAAUCUCCAUUCAUUUGAAAUAUGCCGUUCAAAGCAGGUGACUCCGUUCCAUACGUUCAUUGUGAACCAAGAAAUGUCAAAAAAGAUCCAUUAUUGCAACUUAAAAUCUACAUGAUGUUCACAGGACAGUUUUGGCCAUUGACACAUAAUCAUCGGCGUUUAUACACCAAAGGAAUUGUAUCUUUCUUUAUUAAGGCAGUAAUCAUGAUUUAUACAAUCCUUUAUAUCUUAUAUGUUUUGGAUAUGUUUCACUGCCGUCAUCCAUUGUGUUUAAGAGGUAUCAAAAAUUAUUUCUACAUGUACCCACUAACAACCGUCGAUGAUGCAAUUUGGGAGCUUCGUUGGCUCGUGACUUGUUUGCUGGGCAUUAUCUUCACUUCAUCCAUUUGGUCCAAACUGUUCGAAGAAGGAAAUGUUGUCCUCAAAGAGAAAGACUGCUCAAGAGUGAGGUGGUUUGUUCGAAUUUUGGGCUUCUUAAUCAUAGUGAUGUGCAUUGCAAAUGCAAUUACAAGUUUAGUGGAAAUAGAUUUCCAGAUAACUCAUGAUAUUGCUGUAGCAAUCUUUGUAGACUGUCUUCUCCGGCUUUUUGACCGCUUUUUUGCUUCACCCAUCUUUCUUCUCCUCUGUACCACAUUGUACAUUCUUUGUUGUAUGGUUGAAGAAUUUAAAGCAAACAUUGUCGUACAAACAAGAGAAGUCCAACAAGACGAAGAUCUACAAGACGAAGAUCUACAAGAUAAAGAUCUACAUAACCAAGAUCCCCCUGCAAUAAACCACGACGUUAUCAGCAGUGGCGAGAAUGAAGCGAGGAAAAAGUUCUGCAAAAUAAAAACAGCUAUUCGUAAAACUGGAUUUGCCUUCCAAUUGUUUCUCAUGUUGCAUUUUUUGCUCUUACUGACCUCAUUCUUUGUUGGAGUGGCAGCUUGCGUUGAGCAGAUUAAAGUGACGAUUGAUGGUCCCAAUAAUAGUACAGUUUCCAAAACUAUACCGUUUCAGAUGUUAAAUUCGGCAAGAUUCUUGAAGAUUUUGAAAAGUAUGCCAGCGACAAAAAGCAAAAGCAACAACGAGGCAGAAACAUUAAAAACAUUGGUAAUGAGCAACGUGCAAGGACGAGUUAUGUUGAAUUCUACGUCAGACGACAAUCCGAAUGAGGUGAUACAGAAAUUUGCGGAAAAAAGUAUAAAUACAUUUCUGGUUAAAACCAUCAUGAAGACACUUGAAUCAUUGUUGCUUUACUUGUUUCCUAUUGGUUUGAUGGUUCGCCUUCAAAACCGCUUAAACCAAGCCUAUCAAGUUAUCGAGGACUGUGAUUUAGAAGAGCAAGAAAAAAAAGGAUACAUCUUCUUCCAUAUGUACGCCAUAAGACGCAUGUGUAAAUACGUCAAAACAGCACAAGGUUUGAAAAUCUUUGGUUACAGCCUUCCAACCUUCCAGGCUUUUAUUCUGGCGGCCUUUGGUCCGUUUUUCGGUGUUGUUCUACAUGGAAUAUUUAUUCACAUCCAUGCAAAACAGAAAUGAAUGACCUCUGAAGAUAUUCUUUAUGAACAAAAAAAUAUUUUUCAGAAAUGGGUAAAGGGGGGUGGAGUGGACUUCCAGUGUCUUGCAAGGGUUAUUAUUUCUUAUAUCAAAAUCAGAUUAUAUAAUUUCUUCUCCAAUAGUUAAUCCUUCCAAUGUCCUCAGACUAAAGCAAAAGUUCAUAAGGUCGAAAAUGGUACAAUUAAAUUCUCGCAUUGAACUCUUAAAAAAAAGGAACGUUUAAAGUACGUUGUACUAGUUUUUUGUUUGAAUUAUCAUGUAGUGUUUUUAUAUGCUUUAGGUAAAUAUAUUGCAAGAGCGAUAAACCCUAGAAAUAUGUAUAUGCCUACAACAUAUGAUGCAAUUUUUGAUUAUUAGCGUAAUUUAAAAGGAUAAUUAAGGGGUAAUUAAGAAGUUUCUGGUGUUUUUGACAUGAUGUUUGAAAAUAACUGUUAGUGGUUUUACACAAGAGUAUGGAGUAAACAGAACUUAAUGGUAGCAGCAAAUGAUUCAUUUUAGCAAUCCUAAUAGGAUGGGAUAAAGGGAAAGACAAAGAGAUUAAUUGGUUUUCAAAUAAUUAUCUUUAGCAAAAAUUCAUCGUGUUCUUCCGCAGGAAUUAUUAAAAAAAAUGGUUUUAUUUUACUCUUUACAGUUUAUUUCUUUGCCCUCCGAAUAACUUGCAGCGCAUAUCAUUUUGUUGGAAAAAUAGCAGUUAAUAUAAAUACAAGCUACAUGCACACUUUAGCUUGGUUCAAUUCAACUGUAUCGACUUGCCAAUUUGACUUCACCAGAUAAAGAUAUAUGGCUAAAACAUCAGUCACAUGACAUUCUUCUAUGUAAACGAUAUCAUGUCGAUGUUAAAGAAUACGAUAGACAAUUAGAUAUGUUAAAUAUGACUUGACCACAUACUCACUGCAAUGUUGUUUUUAAUAAGUCAAAUGGAACUGUUAUUCAAUGUAUAUUUCAUUCCCCAUUUCAUAAAUAUGCCAGAAAAUGAGAAAAAGAUAAUUUGACAACAAUACGUUGUAAGACAAAGUAACAUAUUGUUCCUGUUUGCUUGUCUAUGACUUUAGGUUUAACGACCAUAGAGGGAAAAACUGCGAUAUUCAAGUUGAUUUUGAUGAAUAAGAAAGAAAGAGUCUUGCCAUGAAACAACAAACCCAUCACAAGUCAUAGUUUUUUAUAAUUUAUUGUACGAACAUUUUUACUUGCUAAAACUUACAUAUUACUUGAAAUCGUUCGAGAAGUUCCUUUCUCUUAAAUUUAUACUUAAGUUUAUCAUACAUUAGAUUACAGAUGUAAAUUUUCAUUUUGCGUCUAAGGACAUGAGAGUAGAAAACAUUGAGGUGUAAAACAAUCUCUAAACAUGAAAGAAGACGCCGCUACUAUACUGGGGAAAUGCCAGUAAAUUUGAUGAUCAAUUUUCACAUGUUUUAUACUUGUUGCGAGGUAUGUCAUUUUGUACGUUUUAUGUAAAUUUUCGUGAAUUAAAAAUACUGUGAAAAGUCC